UAUAAAUAUAUAUAUUAAAAAAAUAAAAUAAAGAACAAGCGACUGCAACAGCAACAGCAUCAACAAAAAGCUCUAGGCAGCCGCCCGGCCGGCGGCGCAGCGGGCAGUGGAACCGUCGGCGGGGCCGGCCGCGCAGCAUGGAGGAGGGCGGCCGGAGCCCCCGGGAGGAGGCGGCCGAGCCGCAGGAGUCCGGCGGCGACGCGGAGCCCGGCGGCGGCGGGCGGCGGGGACUGCUGCUUCCCCCCGGCGACCCCCCGCACCCCCACCCGCACCCGCACCGCAUCACCAACUUCUUCAUCGACAAUAUCCUGCGGCCCGAGUUCGGGCGGAGGAAGGAAGCGGGCGGCCCCGGCGGAGAACCCCGGCGGCCCGGUGCGGAGAGCCGCCGCAGCCCCGCCGCGGCGCCGGCCCCCGGGGCUCCGCUCCCCGGCGGCGGGGCGGGCUCGCCGGGCCGGGGGGAGGGCAGCCCCGCCGGGCUGGCCCUACACGGCGCCGCCAAGAAGGGGGGAGACCCCGCGGCGCUGGAGGCGGCCCUGAAAGCGCGGGGGUUGAGCGGCGGCGACCUGUCGGUGAGCUCGGACUCGGAUAGCUCCCAGGCCAGCUCCAACGCCGGGAACCAGCCCAUGCUCUGGCCCGCCUGGGUUUACUGCACGCGGUACUCGGACCGGCCCUCCUCAGGUCCCCGCUCCCGCAAACCAAAGAAGAAGAACCCCAACAAGGAGGACAAGCGGCCCCGCACCGCCUUCACCGCCGAGCAGCUGCAGAGACUCAAGGCCGAGUUCCAGACGAACCGGUACCUGACGGAGCAACGGCGGCAAAGCCUGGCCCAAGAGCUCGGGCUUAACGAGUCCCAGAUUAAAAUUUGGUUCCAGAAUAAACGAGCCAAGAUCAAGAAGGCGACGGGCAGCAAGAACUCCCUGGCAGUGCACCUCAUGGCCCAGGGGCUCUACAACCACUCCACCACGGCGAAAGACGGCAAGUCGGACAGUGAAUAGCCAAGGGAGGGGGGGGAACGAGGGAGGGGGGAGACAGGGGAGGGGGGGCCGUUUGCAGUCAAAGUUUAUAUAAUGCAAUAAUUUAAUUAAAAAAAUAAAAAAGAAACAUAAGGGCCAGUGUAUAAAGAUUAUACCAGCAUUAAUAGUGAAAAUAUUGUGUAUUAGAUAUAAUUCUGCAAUAUUCUAUGUAUAUAUAAUUUACAGGUAAGGUGGUGUAAAAAUCCAAGAUAUCUGAUUAUAAAAUAUUUUUUGUUUUGUUUUUUUUAUUUGGUUGGUUGGUUUUGGUUUGGGGGGUUUGGGAUGGUUGUGGUUUUUUGUUUGGGUUUUUGUUUUGGCUUUGAUUUUUUUUUUUUUUUUAUCAGUUGUAUGGAGAUUUUAGAUGUUAUCUUUAUGAUUUUUUUUAAUGCUUAAGUUACAUUUUUAUAGACUUAAGCGCUGUUUUAAUGGACAUUGGACGCUGUUUUUUGAAACUCAAAAAAAAAUUAAAAACAACUUUUGC